AGCAGUCCCUGUCCUGAAGAUGACCUCCUGCCUCCUGGAGUGCCUCUGUGAGGCUGAACUGCAGCAGUACUAUCCUCACUUUGUAGCCCAUGGACUCCAGAAGAUUGAAGAACUGGCUAAGGUGACGAUGAGAGAUUACUCCAAGUUGGGAGUCCACAGCAUGGAGGACCGCAAACGCCUCUUCCAGCUGAUCAAAAUAAUUCAGAGCGUGGCAGCUGAGGACAGCAGUGACAGCCGGACCCCUCCCCUGCAGCCCGGCUGCGUCUACCUCCAGCCCCCCAAUAUCAGGACCGCCACCCGGAGACAGCUGCAAUUUGACAUCUCCUUUGACACAGACAGAAGUGCCUUUCCCUCCUCUCCGUCUCAUCCCUCCAUGCAUCUUACUGAAUUAUGUGAAACGGCGCCACCUGCUGACCAGAAGACAAUCACACUGAAAAGAGACGAAAGUCCCAGCUUGCCGACUGAGGGGUCCUGCCUAAGGGCGCUGGGGGGCACAUCAGUGGGCUCCAGAGACAAUGAGGUCCCCGUCAUACAUAGAGUGAUGCACGUGUCCGGGUACAACUAUGGCGUGCCACAGACAUACGUCAGACCGAGCUGCACAGACAAAGAGGGACCCUGGACAGACAGCGAUAAAAUCCGAGUGUGCGUCCGCAAACGUCCUCUGGGUUUGAGGGAAGAAAGACGCGGGGAAGUGAGCGUGGUGACCGUCGAAGGCAAGGAGACGGUAGCGAUUUACGAGAGGAAAGAAGCGGUUAACCUAAAGGAAUAUAUACUGCAGCACGUGUUUUAUUUUGAUGAAGUGUUUAGUGAGAAAUUCACCAAUCAGGAUGUGUACAUGAAGACUGCUCACCCACUCAUCCAGCAUGUGUUCAACGGGGGUAAUGCUACAUGUUUUGCCUAUGGUCAGACAGGAGCAGGUAAAACGUACACCAUGAUUGGCAUCCCGAAAAACCCCGGACUCUAUGCCUUAGCAGCCAAAGACAUCUUCCAGCAACUGGAGACCAAUCAUCAGAGAAAAGACUAUUCUGUAUGGAUCAGUUUCUAUGAGAUCUACUGUGGACAGCUGUAUGACCUGUUAAAUGGAAGGAAAAGACUCUACGCUAGAGAAGACGGAAAGCAUGUUGUCCAGGUUGUGGGACUGAGAGAAGUGGAAGUUAGUAGUGUGGAGUUCCUGCUAGAGGUGAUCAUGAAGGGCAGCAGAGAACGCAGCACCGGCGCCACAGGGGUGAAUUCUGACUCUUCCCGCUCACAUGCUGUCAUUCAGAUCCAGAUUAAAGAUGCCAGGAACCGCAAACAUGGCAGAAUGUCCUUCAUUGAUUUAGCUGGGAGUGAAAGAGCAUCCGAUGCCCGCGAAUCGGAUAAACAGACCAAAAUGGAAGGAGCGGAAAUAAACCAGAGUCUCCUGGCACUGAAGGAGUGUAUACGAGCGCUGGAUCAGGAGCAGGCCCAUACACCUUUUAGACAGAGCAAGCUGACCCAGGUGUUGAAAGAUUCCUUUAUUGGAAACUCGAAGACCUGCAUGAUAGCCAAUAUAUCUCCAAGUCACAUGGCUACAGAGCACACACUGAACACUCUGCGCUACGCAGACAGAGUGAAGGAGCUAAAAAAAGGAAUGAAGUGCCCUACAUCUUGCACCGGUCGGGGCAGAACUGCUCCAUGCCAGUCUCCCAAACGUGGUCAGAAUUCACCAUCUGUUUUGGGCGAAAAAAUAUCUCCGAAAAAAGUGAAACUUGGGCAAUCAAACUCCUCCCCUACCAUCGUCAAGCACAAGUCCUGUCCAUCGGUUUUCCAUCCAUCCAAUGUCCCCUUAUCGUCCACUCCCAAAAUCUGCACAAAGCAAAAUACAGGGAGCCGAGGCUGUCCGACCCAAACCUGGCUUACUCAUACCAGUCCUGUCAAAGGCACAUUAAAGAGCAGCAGAAAGAAGAGCGAAAGUCAGGAUAAGAUCCCUACACCCAGGAAUCCCCCCAAUAUUAAGCCAGAGACGGGCAACGAAGCUAAAGAAGAUUGUGGACGGCGGCCAUUACAGAGAGUCCAAGCUGUGCAGCCAGUACAGAAGCUAAUAGUCUCCAGAAGCGAGAUGUUUACAGAUAAGAACACAAGACUGUGGGAUGCUUGUGAUGACCCCACUGGAAGAAAGGUGGGUGUAUAUGGGGGUCUUCCGCAGCAGAAAGAAAGAGAAGAACACUUGAGAUGCUAUCACGAGCAGAUCCAGCACCCUCCCAUUCUUCUCCAGAAACUUCACUAUCAACCACUCGAGAGGAUAUUGGACCAGUAUAAGCCUCAAGAGAUCACGGUGGGUCACGUCAGAAGCUCCACAUCCCAACGUGAAGCAACUCCGCUCGAAGAUCCCGAUGACAGCGACUUUAGCGAAGACUCCUUUUCCUUCACAUCCAACCAAAAGAAAGGGAGAAAGGAAGAGUUGGUCCGAGAAAGGCUUUCCUUUUUCCUUCACCAGGGUUCACCAAGCUCAGACAUCAGGAAGGGAGCACACUAUCUUGUGUCUGAAUCGAAGGAGAACAAAAAUGCCCCAAACGGUAAAUGCGGUUGCGUACCAUCAGACAGAAAGAGAGUGGAAAAUGAUAACCACGCUAGAUGGAGCUCUGAAGAAGAGUCCACCAACACUCGAAGCUCGUCCAAUAUCAACAGUACACCAGAAAAGCCAUAUUCUUCUCAGGAAGACCUAGAAAACCCCAAAAAGAUCAUAAAAGAUUCACCUUUGUCAGGUAGUGACUUUAGUCCUUUACAAGAAAGGUGUAGAAGUGUGCCCAUAACUGGCUCUCCAGCAACAGGACCCACAUUACUUGAAAGAAGAAGCCCCGUUGCCAAUACCUCAUGCGAGUCGGCAGUGAUGGCUCCCCUCACCGUGUCUUUGUUGAAGGACAACUGGUCACUGGAGUCUACGCGUAACCUUGAGCCACCAGAACUUUCUGGAGUCCAUGUUGAGUCAGAUAGUCCAGACUUGGGUGUUGGCUCUCACAUCAAGGAUCAGUCUGUCGAGAAGAACCUAUCAGACUUGGUCAAGAAAAUGCUUCGAUAUAAUGAGAGCUUAUUUAUGGAGAACUCCGUACACAAAGACAAGGACUGGUUCACGGACAGCAGCUGUGAGUCCAAGUCUGGUUCUCCACCGUUCCCGAUACAUUCCGGUUUGGCUAGACUUGGCUACACAGGACAGAUACCAACCUCAGGGAACAAUGACUCCUACAGCAUCAGCGAUUCCUUUUUAGACUUUCCUCAUCCUAGAUUUAGGGACCAGGUUAGCCAUUUAUAUGACGCGGAUACCGAGGACAGCGGUUCAGAUAUCAAAAUGAAUGGAAUCCAAUCUCCAAUACUGGUAUUCGGUAGGAAGCCGUCAGAAGGCGAAGUUGAAGCCGCCAAAGACCGUGACUGCAAGAAUGUCGUAAACUCCUCACCGACCAAUGUUAGUCCUGGUCCCGGUGGGUUGGACUUGGAUCCCCAAUGCUCUGAAGACUCCUUCAAGCUUCCCUUAAGAGACGGCGAGCUGGAACACCUUAAAAAUAAACUUAUGAACUGUAUAUUUAGCCACUGCGGUGCCAAGGAGAUACCAAAUUGUGCCCUUAUAAGAGAUGAGCGAAGCCCAAGAACACUAACCUCAAGUAGCCCUUUACAGUCUUCUCAUUUGACAAGUCAACAUGUGAAGAUUCUUGAAAAGGCUCAGCAUGCUGUCAUUCAAGCACAUUGCAAACAGUUAAAUGAGGUGUCGGCUCUGAGCUCACUGGAGGAAAUGCUGCUGAAUCACACGUCCAGCUCGGAUUUUCCGGAAUAUGUGAGGAAGCUGGACGCCAUCUUGGUCCUUAAGUGUAAACAUAUAGAGAACCUGAGGGCUCAGCUGCACAGGUUCCUGGACCACAACCUUGCAGACUCCUCCGCUCCGCCGUCUUCCGUCCACGACAGAAAGCCUCAGAAGCUGAACGACUAUGUCUGCUGCUCUUAACCCGUGAUGAGCGAGGACGUAACCCAUCAGGAAUAAAAGAGUCCAGACCUGGUCAGGCACAUCGAUAACCAGUCCAAGUAUUAUAGGCUAGUCUACAAUAGUGGACUCCAAACGUUGGCCCUUCAGC